AUGAGCGCAUUUCCCAAUAAAUCUAUGUCAUCAUAUCAACCCAAUAAUAAAAAACCUUAUAAUAAGCACACUUCUAAUAGUAAUCACGUUUCGACCAAAUAUAAUAAUGAAUCUAGCAAUGGUAUAGAGGAGUUAACAGCAAAGGAUAUGAUAAGACACUAAUCUAAUCCUUAGGUACAAGAAGAAAUAGAAGAAUAGAAGAAUAAUUCAUCUGGCAAUAUUCCAGAAGGUACUGUUUCAAUUCAUGAAAGAGGUUACUUCUUCAUGAACGAAAUAGUUGACUGCAAUGAUGAUAGUAGAUUAGCCAUUCCAUUCACUAUUUGGCCAAUUUCAAAAGGUGAUAAGUCUGAAUAUGAGCUUCAUAAGACUAUUUGUGCUUUUCUUAACUUAGAAGGAGGUGUUAUAGUUUUAGGUAUUAACAAGAAAACAAAAUCUGUAUAAGGUAUUAGAGUAACUGAUUCUUAGAGAGAGAAUUUUGCUCUCUGUGUCAAGAAUAUUCGUUCUUAAUUCUAUCCUUAAGUUGAUGAAGACGAAAUCGGCAUAGACUACUUCCCAAUUAGAAGCUACGAAAAUAAAUAAAUUAUAAUUCAAGACAUGUAUGUCCUCAAGGUGAGAGUAAAUUAAGGCAAAUUACGCGAUCGUCUAUACAAAUGGCCCUACUCUAUUGAUCCUGUUAGCAGUGUAGUCAGUUAGCACAGUAACUCUCGUUUUGUAGCAGAAAAUAAAUCUAUCGUUUCCUAUAAGAGAGACGGAGAAUUGAAUAAGCGUAUUUAUUAUAUUGAGUAAGAAGAAGAGAUCAUCUCUCGUGCUCGUAAUCCAGUGCCCUUAGCAUAGCCUAUUGUUUAUCCUCCUCCUACUUUUGAAUUAAUUCUUUCCCCAUAUAUUUUAUAGAUAUUUGAUAUUCCUAUUGCUGAAAAUAGAAAAAAAAUUAUACAAAUUAUUUUUUCUAAGUUCAAUUUACAAGCAGAAGAACACGGAUAGCAUGUCUUUUUAGAAUCAAGAUUAGUUCCAACUAAUUUAAUUAAAAGUGUCUUAGAAUUUGCUAAGGAAAAAGAAGCUAAAAUGUAUUCUGAUUUAGGAGCUAAGAAAGUUGUUGUUGAUGGAAAAGGCCGUCUUCCUCCUCAUAAUAGCGCAAACUUAGUCGUUGUUAACAAUUCAUUAUCCUCUAGACGUGACGAAUAUUAAAAGAAAUUAGAAUAGUUGAUGAGUGAUCGUAAAAUAUAACACACUCGUCCUCAAUUCUAACACAGAAUUGUUUACAGUGUUGCAGACUUAGAAGAUUUUAAGAAUAAUAUGUUAGCAGAAAAAAACAAUUUAAAAUCAUACUGCUUUGAAAAUAAAUUUGAAAUAGUAACUCCUUAAAAAUAACUUGAUCUUUAUAAUAUUAAUCCUGCUUAAGGAGAAGUUCUUAAAGAAGAAAUAGAUCAACUGUUUGAAGGUUUAAACAUCGAAAGAUGUGAUAAAAUUGAUUAAAAGGGUUACAAGUUACAGUAUUACUUUAGUGAUCCUUACGAAAUGCUUAUUGCCAAUGAUCGUAUUAAAAACACAUCUUCAAUUAAAUAACAUUUCAAAGAAUAAUAAAUUAAAAUAUUUAUGCCAUACAAUGAAUUUAUUUAAUGA